UUUGAGUAUUGACUUCCGGUAGCUCGAGAUUAUACAUUAUUGGACAGGCGUAGACUUAUAUUUUGAAGAACCCGCAAGAGGAAACAGCUAUUUCCGGUCUAUUCUAGCUUUACGAUGAUAAGCAGUUCGUGAAUAUUCGAGGGUGGAAGACAUCGUUUUUUUCUGCUAGAAAACAUCGUUGGAGAUGAAGCUCCGAGGAGCAAUGAUGCCCUCCAUGCCUCUGACCUUGGUCAUUAUGCUCGGCCUCCUGGCUCCACUUCGCUGCCAGCCCGCCAUUGACGCCCCGGUUCGGGACCUGAUGAACAGGAACUCCGACUUUGCGACUCGACUGUACCGCGCAUUUGCCAGCCGGACCGACAACAACGUGUUCCUGUCCACAGUCUCGGUAUCGCAUGGCCUGGCAGCGCUGCUCAGCGCCACAAGUGGAUCGAGCCGGGAUCAGCUCCAGCAGGUCCUCGGUCUGGCCGGACUGGAUCUGCAGACCUUCCCAGACCUGUUUCAGUCGAUGACCACUGUCCUGCUGGGGGGCGGGGCCCUGAAACUGAAACAGGGUGUGGCCAUUUUCCCCGACACCAGCAUCCAGGUGUCCGCUUCAUACCUGGACCUGGUUCAAGCCAAGUACGGUGGAACUGUUAAGAGCCUGACCUACGCAACGCCGCGGGAAGCUGCUGACACGAUCAACAACUGGGCCCAGGAGCAGACCAGGGACCAGGUUCAGGAUUUGGUGGCUGACCUAAACCCCCAGACGCAGCUGCUGCUCGCUACCGCCGCCCUCUACCAAGGCCAGUUCAGCCAAGCGUUCAAUGCCAGCGUGACCCAGGAUGAACGUUUCUACGUGGACAAGUAUCACGUGGUCAUGGUUCCCAUGAUGUUCAGGGCGGACAAGUACUUCCUGGCAUACGAUCGCUUGCUCAAAGUUGGCGUAUUGAAGCUGCCGAUGGUCGACGGGGCGGCCAUGUUGGUUGUGCUUCCCGAUGAAGACGUGGACAUCACUGCAGUGGAAGAGGAAGUGACAUCAGAAAAGAUCCAGUCCUGGAUCCGACAGCUGAAGAAGACGAAGUUGGAGGUGCAGUUGCCACGCUUCCUGUUGGAGAGUUCCUCCUCUCUGGGGGAUGUCCUGCGGACUCUGGGGAUGGUCCAGGUGUUUCAGGAUGACGCAGACCUGAGCUCCAUGGGCGCCGCUCAAGGCACCAAACUUUCGCAGGUGUUCCACAAAGCCGUCCUGUCGGUUGAUGAGAGCGGCGAUGAUGGAGGCGCUUCCGCCGUCUUUGCCACGCCGCCCCCUCGACUCACCAUCAACAGACCCUUCCUUUUUGUUGUGUACCAUCAGACCAGCGGCGGGGUGCUGCUGAUGGGCCGCGUGCUCGAUCCCACCAAGAAGUAAAAGCCUUGACACGGCAAUUUAAAGGCAACGCGUCUCCCACACGACCAGAAGUGUUCAGCCUUUGGGCUCUGCAUGUUUCUUGGUCCCGGUACAGAUGCUACCCUGCUUAUGAACAAAUACCCCGUCUUACUUUGGUUUGGUUUCUGUUUUAAGGAGCGAAAAUGCAGAAAAAGAGCAAGACGUUUUACGCGAUUAAAAUCUAAAUAUUAAGAGAAAAAAAGUUGAAGAAAAAUUGGCCGAUAUCAUUUUAUGAAGAAAAAUAACGUCAUUGUUGGGCUGCACGGCGGUUGAGUGGUUAGCACGCAGACCUCACAGCUAGGAGACCUGAGUUCAAUCCAUCCUUGGUUUUCUCCGGGUACUCCGGUUUCCUCCCCCAUUCCAAAAACAUGCUAGGUUAAUUGGCCACUCCAAAUUGUCCAUAGGUAUGAAUGUGAGUGUGAAUGGUUGUUUGUCUAUAUGUGCCCUGUGAUUGGCUGGCCACCAGUCCGAUCCCAGCUGCCCGAAGACAGCUGGGAUAGGCUUCAGCACCCCCCGCAACCCUCGUGUGGAUAAGCGGUAGAAAAAGAAUGAAUGAAUAACGUCACUGUACUAGCAUAAAGUUGACAUUUUAAAGACAUAUUCUUGAAGUCCUAAUAUAUAAUAAAGAAAAGAAUGAAUAAAGUUGUGAAUAAAGUCAAAAUAUUAUGGGACUAAAGUCAUAAUUAGUGAAUAAAAAGUAAAAUAAAAACAAGUGUAAUUUUACGAGAAUAAAGUCAUACAUUCAUUCAUUUUCUACCGCUUUUCCUCACAAGGAAAAGGGGGUGCUGGAGCCUAUCCCUAUAGGUACACCCUAGUCCGGUACACCCUGGACUGGUGGCCAGCCAAUCACAGGGCACAUAUAGACAAACAACCAUUCACACUCACAUUCAUACCUAUGGACAAUUUGGAGUGGCCAAUUAACCUAGCAUGUUUUUGGAAUGUGGGAGGAAACCGGAGUACCCGGAGAAAACCCACGCAUGCACGGGGAGAACAUGCAAACUCCACACAGAGAUGGCAGAGGGUGGAAUUGAAAGCUGUGAGGUCUGUGCGCUAACCACUCGACCGCCGUGCCGCCUUAAAGUCAUACAUGAAAUGAGAAAAAAAGACCAAACAGAUAUCAUACUAAUAGACUUUUCCACAUACUGUAUAUCAGAUGCAUUUGGAGGGGAAAUGUACCGUAUAUGUAACGUAUUACCAUAUUACCAUAUUACCAUAUCUACAUGUGUUGAGUGUAACCAGCUUGUAAGUUGGCUAACAUCCGUAGUGACCACUUUAUUAGGAACACACCAUAAUCAACCCCUUUGCAUGAGUUGACCUUUGACCCGUUGUAACUGUUUGAAUAUUGUGCUUGUUGAGCGUGACGUUUGUCCCCAGAUCCCUUUGGACGUUAACGGCAGUCCAACGCUGACCAUGCUCAUGUAAGUGAACGUAACAGUAAUAUCAAUAUAUCAAUAUCAAAGAAGGACGUACCGGUGUCAAGUCAUUGCACUUUAAUAAAAUUGUGUCAAAUCUCG